AUGCCGGAGGAGCUGACGGAGCCGGGGCGCGCCACGCCGGCCCGCGCCUCCUCCUUCCUCAUCGAGAACCUGCUGGCGGCCGAGGCCAAGGGCGCGGGGCGCGCGGCCCGGGGCGGCGGCGGCCGCGAGGACGGGGAGGACGAGGACGAGGACCCGGAGGACGAGGACGCGGAGCGGGCGCGGCGGCGGCGGCUCCAGCGGCGGCGGCAGCUGCGUGCGGGCCCGGGGCCGGGCGGUGAGGCGCGGGCGCGGGCUCCGCUGGGGCCGGGCGCGCUGGGCCUCGGCCCCCGGCCGCCCCCCGGGCCCGGGCCGCCCUGCGCCCUGGGCUGCGGCGGCGGGACGCGCUGGUGCCCGCGGGCGCACGGCGGCUACGGAGGCGGCCUGAGUCCGGACACAGCCAGCGACCGGGACUCGCCCGAGGCCGGCGAGGAGCUGGGCCGCGCGGAGGGCGCCUGGCCGCGGGGCCCCGGGCCGGGCGCGGUGGCGGGGCCGGCGGCGCAGGGCCCGGCGGCCGGCGCGGAGGAGGCGGCGGAGGCCCGGGCGGCGGCGGAGGCCCCGGCGGCGGCCGGCGGCCGGAAGAAGAAGACGCGCACCGUGUUCUCGCGCAGCCAGGUCUUCCAGCUCGAGUCCACCUUCGACCUGAAGCGCUACCUGAGCAGCGCCGAGCGCGCCGGCCUGGCCGCGUCCCUGCAGCUCACCGAGACGCAGGUGAAGAUCUGGUUCCAGAACCGGCGCAACAAGUGGAAGCGGCAGCUGGCGGCCGAGCUGGAGGCGGCCAGCCUGUCCCCGCCCGGCGCGCAGCGGCUGGUGCGGGUGCCGGUGCUCUACCACGAGAGCCCGCCCGCCGCCGCCGGGCCGCCCGCCGCGCUGCCCUUCCCGCUGGCGCCCGCCGCGCCCGCGCCGCCGCCGCUGCUCGGCUUCUCCGGGGCGCUGGCCUACCCGCUGGCCGCCUUCCCCGCCGCCGCCUCCGUGCCCUUCCUGCGGGCGCAGAUGCCCGGCCUGGUGUGA